GUACGGUGCGUUUAGAGAUCGUCGCGUCGGUGAUCGGCGAAAGAGCUCCGCCGUGUAAAUUAUUUCGCUUUUGUGGUUCACCAUGAGUCCAAUUCAGAAUUUCGAGCAACACUCCCGUCGUCUCGUGGAUCCUGACCUACCUAUUCCAACAAGGCUUGAGAUGGUGGUAGAGGUCAGGGACAGUCUAGAGAUAGCACAUACGGCUGAGUACUUGAAUUUCUUAAAAUGCUACUUCCCAGCAUUCUCAGUUAUUCUUCUACAGAUUACUAAUCCGCAAUUCAUCGAUAAUCCGGAGCACAAACUGCGGAACAUUGUGGUUGAGAUCCUCAAUCGUCUUCCACACAGUGAGGUUCUUCGUCCCUUUGUUCAAGACCUUUUGAAGGUUGCAAUGCAGGUGCUCACUACAGAUAAUGAAGAAAACGGGUUAAUUUGCAUUCGGAUAAUCUUUGACCUUCUUAGGAAUUUUAGGCCCACGCUAGAAAAUGAAGUUCAACCAUUUUUAGACUUUGUCUGCAAGAUCUAUUCGAUUUUCAGAUUCACUGUCAGCCAUUUUUUCGAUAAUGUUAAAAUGGAAGAGGUGAAGCCUAUGGAGAUGCCUACGUCUUCUGAUCAGUCCCUUACCCCUACCGCGCCUAUCGGGAAUGGACAGCUUAACCCGAGUACUCGGUCAUUCAAGAUAAUCACAGAGAGUCCCCUUGUUGUUAUGUUCCUUUUCCAGCUGUAUAGCCGACUCGUUCAGACCAACAUUCCUCAUUUACUUCCCCUGAUGGUUGCUGCUAUAUCUGUCCCUGGACCUGAGAAUGUUCCUUCUCAUUUGAAGCCUCAGUUCAUAGAGUUGAAGGGUGCACAGGUUAAGACGGUUUCUUUUUUGACUUAUUUGUUAAAAAGUUGCGCCGAAUAUAUCCGACCGCAUGAAGAAAGCAUAUGCAAAAGCAUUGUAAAUUUGCUUGUGACCUGUUCAGAUUCUGCUUCUAUCAGAAAGGAACUCUUAGUCUCAUUAAAGCAUGUACUUGGGACGGAUUUUAAGAGAGGCUUAUUUCCUCUUAUUGACACUCUUUUAGAUGAGAGGGUUCUAGUUGGAACUGGGCGAGCAUGUUUUGAGUCUUUGAGGCCUUUGGCUUACAGCCUACUCGCGGAGAUCGUUCACCAUGUUCGCGGAGAUCUUUCUCUUACUCAGUUAUCACGGAUUAUCUACCUAUUUUCAAGAAACAUGCACGACUCUACCCUCUCUCUUAGCAUCCAUACAACAUGUGCCCGGCUGAUGCUGAAUCUGGUAGAACCAAUAUUUGAGAAAGGUGUUGAUCAGCAGUCAAUGGAUGAAGCACGGAUUUUACUGGGACGUAUCCUGGAUGCCUUUGUGGGGAAAUUCAGUACUUUCAAGCGUACUAUUCCUCAGCUUUUGGAGGAGGGUGAGGUGGGAAAGGAUCGGGUCACUUUGAGGUCGAAGCUUGAACUUCCUGUCCAGGCAGUUUUGAAUUUGCAGGUUCCUGUUGAACAUUCCAAAGAAGUGAAUGAUUGUAAAAAUCUGAUCAAGACACUGGUCAUGGGAAUGAAAACAAUAAUAUGGAGUAUUACCCAUGCACAUUUGCCUCGACCUCAGGGGAUGAACCCUCAAGCUCUUCUUUCACAAUCAUCUGCUCCGCAGGGUUUUAAAGGAAUGAGAGAAGAUGAGGUGUGGAAAGCUUCUGGUGUUUUAAAGAGUGGUGUCCACUGCUUAGCUCUCUUCAAAGAAAAGGAUGAGGAGAAGGAAAUGCUUAAUCUUUUCUCCCAGAUUCUUGCUAUUAUGGAACCUCGAGAUCUAAUGGACAUGUUCUCUUUAUGCAUGCCAGAGCUUUUUGAGAGCAUGAUUAACAAUAACCAACUGGUUCAGAUAUUUGCAGCACUUCUGCAAGCUCCCAAAGUUUACAAACCAUUUGCAGAUGUUUUGAUUAAUUUACUAGUUAGCAGCAAACUUGAUGUUCUGAAGAAUCCAGAUUCAGCUGCAACUAAACUAGUUUUGCAUUUGUUUAGAUGCAUCUUUGGGGCUGUCACCAAAACACCAUCUGAUUUUGAAAGAAUAUUACAGCACCAUGUGCCUGUUAUUAUGGAAGUCUGCAUGAAGAAUGCUACGGAAGUUGAUAAACCUCUUGGUUAUAUGCAAUUGCUCCGCACUGUGUUCAGAGGUCUUGCUGGAUGUAAAUAUGAGCUGCUUCUGAGAGAUUUGAUCCCCAUGCUGCUACCUUGUCUUAAUAUUCUUUUGACAAUGCUCGAGGGUCCAGCUGGGGAGGACAUGAAAGAUCUUUUGUUAGAGCUUUGUUUGACGCUUCCUGCACGCUUAAGCUCCUUAUUGCCAUACCUUCCCCGUCUCAUGAAGCCUCUUGUAUUCUGUUUGAGGGGAAGCGAUGAACUUGUGAGCUUGGGUUACGCACCCUUGAAUUCUGGGCCUGUGCCAUAUCCUUGGGGUAAAAAAGCCUUACAAAUCCUUGGAAAGUUGGGUGGUCGCAACCGAAGAUUUCUGAAAGAGCCACUUACACUUGAAUGCAAAGAUAAUCCAGAGCAUGGGCUUCGCUUAGUUCUGACAUUUGAGCCAUCAACACCUUUUCUGGUGCCAUUAGACAAAUUUAUUAAUCUGGCAGUAGCAGCGGUUAUUCAUAGAAAUCACGGCAUGGACAUAUACUACAGAAAGCAAGCUCUAAAAUUCCUCCGUGUAUGCUUAUUGUCCCAGCUUAAUUUGCCUGGAUGUGUCACUGAUGUGGGUCAAACGCCCAGGCAAUUAUCAACUUUAUUACGUUCCUCUGUGGAUUCAUCUUGGCACAGGAGUGAAUCAGUGGAAAUCAAGGCUGACUUAGGAGUGAAAACAAAGACCCAGUUAAUGGCUGAGAAGUCAAUCUUCAAGACACUGUUGAUCACUAUACUUGCUGCCAGUUCUGAUCCAGAUCUCAGUGACACGGACGAUGACUUUGUUGAAAACAUCUGCCGGCAUUUUGCGAUUAUUUUGCAUGUUGACUAUACCUCCUCAAAUGCAUCGACUAGUACUAGUUCACUUGGUGAUUCUGUGAUUUCGACAAGUUCCAGAUCCAAGAGUAAUCAAUCAUCUAAUUUAAAGCAGUUAGAUCCUUUAAUAUUUUUAGAUGCACUGGUCGAUGUGCUUGCAGAUGAAAACAGGCUCCACGCAAAAGCUGCUCUGAAUGCGUUAAAUGUGUUUUCUGAAACACUUUUGUUCCUCGCUCGUGUCAAACAUGCUGAUGUGUUGAUGGCUAGGGGUGGUCACAAUGCCUCCAUGAUUGUCUCGAGUCCUUCUACAAAUCCAGUAUAUUCACCCCAUCCAAGCGUGCGAAUACCAGUGUUUGAACAACUUUUGCCUCGACUUUUACAUGGCUGUUAUGGGAGCACAUGGCAAGCGCAGAUGGGAGGGGUUAUGGGGUUAGGUGCAUUGGUGGGGAAAGUGAAUGUUGAAACAUUAUGUUAUUUCCAAGUAAAGAUUGUGCGUGGUCUGGUUUAUGUCUUAAAGAGGCUUCCUGUUUAUGCUAGCAAAGAGCAAGAAGAGACAAGUCAGGUUCUUAUGCAGAUUCUACGCGUGGUUAAUAAUGUUGACGAAGCAAACAGUGAAGCGCGUAGAAAAAGCUUUCAAGAUGUUGUAGAAUAUCUUGCCACAGAGUUAUUCAAUCCUAACGCAUCCAUCCCCGUGAGGAAAAAUGUACAGAACUGCCUUGCACUUUUGGCUAGCCGAACUGGAAGUGAGGUAACUGAGUUGCUUGAGCCUUUGUACCAACUAUUACUACAGCCACUUAUAAUGCGUCCACUCCGAUCAAAGACAGUUGAUCAACAGGUUGGAACAGUUGCAGCUCUGAAUUUCUGCUUGGCUCUGAGGCCCCCCCUUCUAAAAGUGACUCCAGAGUUGGUUAAUUUUCUGCAAGAAGCAUUACAAAUUGCUGAGGCUGAUGAAACUGUAUGGGCUGUGAAGUUGAUGAAUCCUAAAGUGCUUACAUCAUUGAACAGACUUCGAACAGCUUGUAUUGAGCUUCUCUGCACUACUAUGGCGUGGACAGAUUUCCGAACGCAAACUCACAAUGAACUACGUGCCAAAAUAAUUUCAAUGUUCUUCAAGUCUCUAACAUGUAGAGCACCAGAAAUCGUGGCGGUUGCUAAGGAGGGUUUAAGACAGGUUAUUAAUCAACAACGAAUGCCCAAGGAACUUCUUCAGAGUAGCCUCAGGCCAAUACUUGUUAAUCUGGCACACACAAAGAAUCUCAGUAUGCCUUUACUGCAAGGUCUGGCACGCCUUCUUGAACUUCUGUCAAAUUGGUUUAAUGUGACUUUAGGAGGAAAGUUGCUGGAGCACCUUAAAAAAUGGUUGGAGCCGGAGAAACUUGCCCAGUCCCAGAAAUCAUGGAAAGCUGGAGAAGAGCCAAAAAUAGCAGCUGCUAUUAUCGAGCUCUUCCACUUACUUCCACAUGCUGCAUCAAAAUUUCUAGAUGAACUUGUAACCUUAACCAUUGACUUAGAAGCAGCUCUUCCUCCUGGGCAAGUGUACAGUGAGAUUAAUAGCCCAUACCGUCUACCGCUUACCAAAUUUUUGAAUCGAUAUGCGGCCCUUGCUGUUGACUACUUUCUUUCUAGAUUAAGUGAACCAAAAUAUUUCCGAAGGUUUAUGUAUAUAAUCCGAUCAGAUGCUGGCCAGCCAUUAAGAGAAGAACUUGCAAAGUCUCCACAGAAGAUACUGUCAUAUGCCUUUCCUGAAAUUUUGCCAAAACCUGAUCCUACAUUGAGCUCGGCAGCUUCAACUCCUCCUGCUACAUCAUCUGGAGAUGAAAAUCAUAUCUCUGUUAAAUUAGAGAGUUCUAAUGUGGCAUCAACAAAGGCUAAUAUAGCAUCGGAUGCCUACUUUCAGGGGCUCUAUCUCGUCAAAACAAUGGUGAAACUGAUACCCAGCUGGUUGCAGAGUAACCGCAGUGUUUUCGAUACCUUGGUUCUCAUUUGGAAAUCACCUGCAAGGAUAUCUCGUUUGCAGAAUGAGCAAGAGCUGAAUUUAGUUCAGGUGAAAGAGAGCAAAUGGCUUGUCAAGUGCUUUUUAAAUUACCUACGGCAUGAAAAAUCUGAAGUGAAUGUUCUCUUUGAUAUUCUCUCCAUUUUCUUGUUCCAUAGCCGCAUUGACUACACCUUUUUGAAGGAAUUCUACAUUAUUGAGGUUGCAGAAGGAUACCCGCCCAACAUGAAAAGAGCACUUCUCCUGCAUUUUCUUAACCUUUUUCAUUCCAAACAACUCGGCCAUGAUCAUUUAGUUCAAGCAAUGCAAAUGCUUAUUCUUCCAAUGCUUGCCCAUGCUUUCCAAAACGGUCAAACUUGGGAGGUUAUUGACCCUGAUAUAGUCAAAACCAUUGUUGAGAGGCUUCUUGAUCCACCCGAAGAGGUUUCGGCUGAAUAUGAUGAACCUUUGAGGAUUGAACUUUUGCAGUUAGCAACUUUGCUUCUAAAAUAUCUUCAGAGUGACUUGGUUCAUCAUAGAAAAGAGCUCAUUAAAUUUGGAUGGAAUCAUCUCAAACGGGAAGAUAGUGCCAGUAAACAGUGGGCAUUUGUUAAUGUUUGCCACUUCUUGGAUGCUUAUCAGGCUCCUGAGAAAAUCAUUCUUCAGGUUUUUGUCGCACUUCUUAGGACAUGCCAGCCGGAAAAUAAGAUGCUAGUUAAGCAAGCCCUGGAUAUUCUAAUGCCAGCUUUGCCUAAAAGGCUACCUCUUGGAGAUUCACGCAUGCCAAUUUGGAUAAGAUACACAAAAAAAAUUUUGGUGGAGGAAGGUCAUUCAAUUCCAAAUUUGAUCCACAUCUUCCUACUUGUUGUUCGGCAUUCAGAUCUCUUUUACAGCUGUAGAGCACAAUUUGUCCCUCAAAUGGUGAAUUCGUUAAGUCGUCUAGGUUUGCCAUAUAAUACUACUGCUGAGAAUAGGAGGCUCGCAAUUGAACUUGCUGGAUUGGUUGUCAGCUGGGAAAGGCAAAGACAGAAUGAAAUGAAAAUGGUGACUGAUACUGAUGGAACCAGUCAGAUUACUGAUGAAUUGCAUACUUCUGGUGCUGAUCCUAAACGUUCAACAGAUGGAUCUUCCACAUCAGAUGAUCCAAGUAAACGAGUCAAAAUUGAACCUGGUCUCCAAUCAUUCUGUGUAAUGUCACCUGGCGGUGCAGCAUCAAUCCCCAAUGUAGAAACUCCUGGAUCUGCUACCCAGCCUGACGAGGAAUUCAAACCAAAUGCUGCCAUGGAAGAAAUGAUCAUUAAUUUUCUCAUAAGAGUAGCAUUGGUAAUUGAGCCUAAGGACAGGGAAACCAAUACUAUGUACAAACAAGCAUUAGAUUUGCUUUCACAAGCUUUGGAGGUUUGGCCAAAUGCUAAUGUCAAGUUCAACUAUUUAGAAAAACUGCUGAGCAGCAUGCCACCGUCUCAGUCGGAUCCGUCAACAGCACUUGCUCAGGGAUUGGAUGUCAUGAACAAAGUUCUGGAGAAGCAGCCACAUCUUUUCAUUAGGAACAACAUCAGCCAGAUUUCGCAGAUUCUUGAACCGUGUUUCAAACACAAGAUGCUCGAUGCUGGUAAAUCGUUGUGCUCCUUGCUGAAGAUGGUCUUCACCGCAUUCCCACUGGAUGCGGCUAAUACACCUCCUGACAUAAAGCUAUUGUACCAGAAAGUCAAUGAGCUGAUAAACAAACAUGUGAAUACUGUUACUGCUCCACAAGCUUCAGGAGAUGAUAACUCUUUUGGUUCGAUUAGCUUUGUACUUCUUGUCAUCAAAACCUUGGCCAAGGUACAUAAAAACUUUGUCGAUUCAUAUGUGUUGGUGCGUAUCCUUCAGCGCCUUGCACGGGACCUGGGAUCAGCAGUGGGUUCUCAUCCUAGACAAGGCCAGCGAACAGAUUCAGAUUCUGCAGUUACUUCUUCUCGUCAAACUGCUGAUGUUGGAGCAGUUAUAUGUAAUAUUAAGUCGGUCUUGGAACUUAUUGAUGAAACGGUCAUGCUUAUAGCAGAUUGCAAAAGAUCUGUUACUCAAAUUUUGAACACCUUACUUUCCGAAAAGGGUACUGAUGCUAGUGUGCUUCUCUGCAUACUAGAUAUGAUAAAAAGGUGGGUUGAGGAUGAUUUCAGCAAAACAGGCGCAUCUGGUUUGUCUGGUUCUUUCCUUACCCAAAAGGACGUAGUUACCUUUCUCAAUAAGCUUUCUUGUAUUGAUAAGCAACACUUCUCAUCUGAUGCUUUGGAAGAGUGGGAUCAGAAGUAUCUUCAGCUGUUAUACGGACUUUGUGCCGAUUCAACGAAGUAUCCUCUGGGCCUACGACAAGAGGUCUCUCUGAAAGUUGAAAGACAUUUUAUGCUUGGUUUACGGGCAAGUGAUCCUGAGAUGAGAAGGAAGUUCUUCUUGUUGUAUCAUGAGUCUCUUGGAAAAAAUUUGUUUGCGCGGUUGCAGUACAUUAUUCAAGUUCAGGACUGGGAAGCUUUAAGUGAUGUUUUUUGGCUCAAACAAGGUCUUGAUCUCCUUCUAGCUAUCUUAGUCGAGGACAAGCCAAUUAGCCUGGCGCCAAAUUCUGCAAGGGUACUACCACUUUUGCCUUCAGAUAAUCCUGUAAUACAACACCAAGCUUCUGCUAACUUAGAGGGUCCCGAAGAAGUUACUUCAAUGUUUGACAGCAUUGUUAUGAAGCAUGCACAGUUUCUGAGCGCGACCAGCAAACUUCAGGUGGCUGAUGUUGUCAUCCCAUUAAGGGAGCUGGCUCACACUGAUGCCAAUGUUGCAUAUCAUCUGUGGGUUUUGGUAUUUCCGAUUGUAUGGGUAACCCUGCUCAAGGAAGAACAGGUAGCAUUGGCUAAACCUAUGAUUUCUCUACUAUCAAAAGACUACCAUAAGAAGCAGCAAGGACACCGGCCAAAUGUUGUCCAAGCACUUCUGGAAGGGCUUCAGUUGAGCCACCCUCAACCUAGGAUGCCUAGUGAGCUUAUCAAAUAUAUUGGAAAAACGUACAAUGCAUGGCAUCUUGCAUUGGCGUUGCUAGAGAGCCAUGUGAUGUUGUUCAUGAAUGAUUCAAAAUGUGCUGAGUCUCUUGCUGAGCUUUAUCGUUUGUUAAAUGAAGAAGAUAUGAGAUUUGGGUUGUGGAAGAAGAGGUCCAUUACCGCUGAAACGAGAGCUGGACUUUCAUUAGUUCAGCAUGGUUUUUGGCAGCGUGCUCAGAGCCUCUUUUACCAGGCAAUGGUUAAGGCAACCCAAGGCACGUAUAACAACACAGUCCCUAAAGCUGAAAUGUGUCUGUGGGAGGAGCAGUGGCUUCACUGUGCCAGUCAGCUUAGUCAAUGGGAUGCCCUGGUAGAUUUUGGAAAAAGCAUUGAGAAUUAUGAAAUACUGCUUGAUAGUCUUUGGAAAUUACCCGAUUGGGCAUAUUUGAAGGACCACGUGAUACCAAAGGCACAAGUGGAGGAGACUCCAAAGCUUCGUUUGGUUCAAUCUUAUUUUGCCCUUCAUGACAGAAAUUCAAAUGGUGUUGGAGAUGCUGAAAACACAGUGGGGAAAGGCGUUGAUCUUGCCUUGGAACAGUGGUGGCAGUUGCCUGAAAUGUCUGUUCAUGCUAGAGUGCCUCUACUGCAGCAAUUCCAACAACUAGUUGAGGUUCAGGAGUCUGCUAGAAUUCAUGUUGACAUCGCAAAUGGGAACAAAGUUUCAGGAAAUGCUGCGGCUGGUGGACUUGGAAAUCGUUAUGCAGAUCUGAAGGAUAUUCUUGAGACUUGGAGGCUGAGGACUCCAAAUGAAUGGGACAAUAUGACCGUCUGGUAUGAUAUGCUACAGUGGAGGAAUGAAAUGUAUAAUGUUGUUAUUGAUGCAUUUAAGGACUUUGCUACUUCAAAUUCUCCACUUCAUCACCUUGGUUUCCGUGACAAAGCAUGGAACGUCAAUAAGCUUGCCAGGAUAGCUCGGAAACAGGGACUUUAUGAUGUUUGUGUUCAGAUUCUUGAAAAAAUGUAUGGACACUCGACAAUGGAAGUACAGGAAGCUUUUGUUAAAAUUAGAGAGCAAGCAAAAGCUUAUCUGGAAAUGAAGGGAGAGCGUGCUAGUGGUCUUAAUCUGAUUAAUAGCACAAAUUUGGAGUAUUUUCCAGAUAAGAUCAAAGCAGAGAUAUUUCGUCUGAAGGGGGAUUUUCAUUUGAAAUUAAAUGACACCGAAAGUGCUAAUAUCGCAUAUUCCAAUGCGAUCACCCUGUUCAAGAAUUUACCCAAAGGAUGGAUAAGCUGGGGAAGCUAUUGUGAUAUGGCAUACCAAGAAACACAAGACGAAAUUUGGCUUGAAUAUGCUGUCAGUUGCUUUCUUCAGGGAAUAAGAUUUGGUGUUUCCAAUUCCAGAAGUCAUAUAGCUCGUGUUCUUUAUCUUCUUAGCUUCGAUACAGCGAAUGAGCCUGUUGGUAGGGUGUUUGAUAAACACUUAGACCAAGUUCCUCACUGGGUGUGGCUUUCUUGGAUCCCACAGCUGUUACUUUCCCUACAAAGAACAGAAGCACCGCAUUGCAAAUUGGUUUUAUUGAAAAUUGCUGCAGUUUUCCCACAGGCUCUCUAUUACUGGUUGCGCACAUACUUGCUGGAACGACGUGAUGCAGUAAACAAAUCCGAACUUGGCAGAUUGGUUUUGGCUCAAAGAAUGCAACAAAAUGCCACUGGUGCAAGUGCAGGUCAUGGUGGAAGCAAUUUACCAUCGGAAACUCAAAUCCAUCAAGGAGCUCAAAUUAGCGGGGCUGGUGGAACACAUGACAGUGGUAACCCACAUGGGCAAGAAAGUGAACGCUCCACUGCGGAAAAUAGUGUCCAUCCCGGUAGUGAUCAACCUAUGCACCAAAGCAGCUCCGCUAUCAAUGAUAACAAUGAAAACACAGUGAGACGGAGUGGUGCAUCCUUGGCAAUCUCUGCUGCAGGCGCUUUCGACGCUGCCAAGGAUAUCAUGGAGGCUCUUAGGGGUAAACAUAACAACUUAGCCAGUGAACUCGAGGUUCUUCUCACGGAAAUAGGUUCGAGAUUUGUUACAUUACCGGAAGAAAGACUGCUGGCGGUUGUGAAUGCUCUGUUGCAUCGUUGUUACAAGUAUCCAACUGCUACAACUGCCGAGGUUCCCCAACCACUAAAAAAAGAACUGUCGGGUGUCUGCAGAGCUUGUUUCUCGGCAGAUGCUGUAACCAAGCAUGUCGAAUUUGUGAAAGAGUACAAACAGGAUUUUGAGCGCCACCUUGAUCCAGAAAGCACAACUACAUUCCCUACCACACUCGCUGAGCUGACGACGCGACUGAAAAAGUGGAAAAAUAUUCUUCAGAGCAAUGUUGAAGACAGGUUUCCGGCUGUGUUAAGAUUGGAAGAUGAGAGCAGGGUUUUGCGUGACUUCAAUGUUGUUGAUGUGGAGAUACCAGGGCAGUACUUUGCUGACCAGGAAGUAGCACCUGAUCAUACAGUAAAGUUGGAUAGGGUUGGAGCUGACGUUCCAAUUGUUCGAAGGCAUGGAAGCAGCUUCAGGCGGUUGACUCUUAUUGGCUCAGAUGGCUCGCAAAAGCACUUUAUAGUCCAGACAUCAUUGACGCCUAAUGCUAGAAGUGAUGAACGGAUCUUGCAGCUUUUCCGUGUGAUGAACCAAAUGUUUGAUAAGCAUAAGGAAUCAAGAAGACGACACAUUGGAAUUCACACUCCAAUCAUCAUUCCUGUCUGGUCUCAGGUCCGGAUGGUUGAGGAUGAUCUCAUGUACAACACUUUCCUUGAGGUGUAUGAGAAUCACUGUGCACGAAAUGACCGAGAGGCAGAUCUUCCAAUUACCCACUUUAAGGAGCAACUCAAUCAAGCUAUAUCAGGGCAAAUCUCAGCAGAGGCAAUAGGAGAUCUUCGUCUGCAGGCAUAUAUUGACAUCACAAAAACCUUGGUCAAUGACAGUAUCUUCUCUCAGUACAUGUACAAGACGUUAAUGAGCGGAAGCCAUAUGUGGGCUUUCAAGAAACAAUUUGCAGUCCAGCUAGCUGUCUCCAGUUUCAUGUCCUUCAUGCUACAAAUCGGUGGGAGGUCCCCGAAUAAGGUCUUGUUUGCAAAAAACACUGGGAAAAUGUUCCAGACAGAUUUUCACCCUGCUUACGACGCCAAUGGGAUGGUCGAAUUCAACGAACCCGUGCCUUUCCGCCUCACAAGGAACAUGCAAGCAUUCUUCUCUCAGUUUGGAGUCGAAGGUCUCCUCAUGUCAUCCAUGUGUUCAGCAGCUCAAGCAGUAAUCUCCUCCAAGCAAAACGAACAUCUACGGUAUCAACUUGCUAUGUUCUUCCGUGAUGAAUUGCUGUCUUGGUUUGGAAGAAGACCUCUUGGUGUGCCGAUUCCUCCAGUUGGAGGAAUUGCUACAUUGAACUCAGCUGAGCUGAAGCACAAAGUUAACGCCAAUGUGGAAGAUGUCAUUGGCCGGAUCAGAGGAAUAGCCCCACAGUACUUUUCCGAAGAGGAUGAGAAUACGGUGGAGCCGCCGCAGUCGGUGCAAAGAGGAGUGAAUGAGUUGGUGGAGGCAGCCUUGUCGCCUCGCAACUUAUGUAUGAUGGAUCCAACAUGGCAUCCUUGGUUCUAACUUCAAAAUAGUUCCUUACACAAUUUGAGUUUCAGUGUUUUUACUUUACUGGGAACUAACGUUAUUCAUUAGGGUUGUAAAUAUGUAACCUUUUAUGUAUUUAUAACUCCUUUUGGUCGGUCGCCUUUUUGCAACAUUUUCUGUGCUAUAAAUUGUACUUAUGAAC